UACUUAAAGUAAUUGGCGGCCGAUCCAGUUCAGCGUAAUGCAGAAUUAAAUACGUGAGUGUGUGCUGCGUUCUACAGGUAAGUUAAGAGCGGCUCUUAAGUGCACGUCAUCAAGUCGGAUUCCAGUUGCCAGUGGAAAGAAAGAAAGCAAGCCAACACACAAGUUGAAACGGUGCUAAAUUAGGUAUCAAGUGACAUCUGGUGUGCCUUUAUUAAAAUUGUGCAUACCGAAGAAAAAGAAAACAAAGAAAAUACGAAUACAAAAUAUCGCGUAGUAGAACAAGUGUUUCCCAUCUCGAUCCCACUCACGGCCUGCAGGUAAUUGCAGAGAGUGAGAGGCGCGCGCGCCUGCGCCUACGCUAUUAGUUGUUGGUUUUUUGUUUACGUUGCUUACGUGUCGCGCGUCGCAAAAUGUACGCCCGCGCUUACGUAGUUGUGCUUGCAUUUACGUGUCUCGCCGCCGCUGCCAGUCCAGUUAUCGAGCACGCCGAAGUGAUUGAUGAAGGUGACAGUUUUCUGGAUAAUCCGCAUUAUCUAAACAAUGAGCAGAUCGGCGAGCUCUUUGCCCGCCUCAGCCGCGACUAUCCAGGACUGGCCCAGACCUACUCGAUAGGUCGCUCCAUACAGGGCCGUGAGCUGCAUGCGCUGGCCUUGAAUGCGCCCGCACCGGACGGCAAUGGCGACGAUCUGCUCCGUCCUAUGGUCAAGCUGGUGGCCAACAUUCAGGGCGAUGAGGCACUGGGCCGUCAAAUUGUGCUCUACAUGGCCGAAUAUCUAGCCAGCAACUACCAACUGGAUAGCGAAGUGCAGCGCCUUCUCAACACAACCGAAAUACAUUUUCUGCCCAGCUGCAAUCCGGAUGGCUUUGCGGCCGCAAAGGUGAGUCACAAUUCUAUUAUUAUUAACUCAAACAAUGAGUAAUUGUAUAGGUCGAAGUUUCCAUUCAACG